CACGUGACUGACAGCGGCGGGGGCUGCGCGCGGAGCACCCGCGGGGCCAUGGCGGGAACCGGCGACGACGGUCCGGGGGGAACCGGGGCACCGGGGUGCUUGGGUGGGCCGGGACAAUGGGAGACCGGGGCGGGCCGGGGAACCGGCGGUUUGGGACAGUGCGGGAGCCCGGGGGUCAGGGGGUUGACGUGCACACGUGCGGAUCUGGGUCACCGGGAGUCCCGGGUGGUUGGUGUGCACUGUGGAUGGGGAGCGGGUCAGUGAGGAGCCCAGGCGGGGUUUUCGGGGAGCUGACGCGCGCCGGGGAGCGCCGGGAUCCCGGGCAGGCUGGUGUGCACCGGGGGUUGGGUCGGUGGGGACAUCGCGGGGCUGAUGAGCACCGCGGGGGUGGGGGCAGAGGCAGAUGCAGGUCCCGGGUGGGAGACUGCACUUGGUGCUCCUGCGGUCUGCAGGCAGGGGUGUGGGCUGUGCUGGGGAGAGCUCCCAGCCGGGAUGGGAUGGGAUGGGAUGGGGAUGGGGCGCGGGGGUGGGCCUGGGGCAGCGCAGGGGCUGACAGCCCCCGCAGGCUCCUGGGUGGAGCUGCGGUGUGGCCCAGGCUGCCCCGAGCCCGAGCUGGCACCCUCGCCGUUCUCCUGCCACGCCGACGUGGAGCAGAUGCUGCUGGAGGCCCAGCUGGAGACGGAGAGCAGUGACGGGGCCCUGCUCGUGCUGGGCUCCCCAGCCUGGGAUGACGACGGAGCCAGCCACGGGAGCGACCAGCCAGGGGAGAGCGAGGUGCUGCCUGCCCACAGCCAGCCCCCACCGGGCUGCCCCCACCCCCGGCAGUGGGAUGUGCCAGAGGAAGCCAAGUGGAGGCAGCGACGCCUGACAGCGCCCCUGGGCUGGGCCUGUACCCGCUGCCCUCGGUAUCUGUCUCCAAAGGAAUUUGCCUUUGUGUGCUCCCCCCAGCCAGUGCUGUGGAGCCUGCAGGAAGGUGCAGUGGGGAGGAAGAAGAGACUUUUCAGUUCAGAGCUGCUGCUGCUCUUCAUCCCCUCGCUCCUGCUCAGCCAUCUGCUGACUCUGGGGCUGGGGAUCUACAUUGGGAAGCGCCUGGCAGCCUCCUCGGCCAACCCUCUGUGAGGAACUGUGCAGGCAGCACCCGCUGCUCCGUUGGGAAUGCGGGGGGAGCCCGGCCCCAGCGCAGCCUGACCGCUCCCAGGCCCCACGUCUGCAGCACGAGGCGCCUGCUCCCCGUGUCUGCCCCUCAGCCCUCGCCUCGGGAGCUGAUCCCACUCUCCUCCGUAGAUGGGAACCCACUGAUGGCAGCUCCCAGCUGCAGGCAGCCCCUGCCCUCCCCAGCCCCUGGUUACGGGUCCACAUCCCCCUGUAACAGAUUGUAAAUACAACUGAGCCCACCUGAAUAAAGAGCCCU